CAUACCUGGUACCGUACUUCAUCAUAUGAUCAUCUCAUGAACGAUAGACCGCAACCAACAAUAUUAUCGAUCUACCAAAUUGCCAUACGGUCUAUCGAGUUCAAUUGAGGGAGCAGGGAUAGAAAACGAUUCGCUAUCACAUAACGUACCAUUUUGAGCAUGUCCGUCCGAGAAAGGAAGCAAGCAAAGAACGAAGUAAUUAUUUUCAUUGACCACAACUAACUGAACGGUCCUAUUUUAGAGUUUGAGCCAUCUCACCCCAUUGGAUUGCAACAAAAAUCGGUAGGGUGGAACGGAACAGAAAGCAACGAAUCAGAACGGAUCACAAAACAAUAAGAAACGCACGGAAUUACAGMUACGAUGGCAGAAUUCGAUUUUACACUCCUCGGCGAUGUGAUAGUCAAACCGGCUACGGGAGAAUCUGCKGAUCCUUUGCAGGUAUUGACAAAUAAAGGAGUUGUCCUAUACUUUGGAGCCCAUUGGUCGGAAUGUAAGUUGCGAGAGCGAAACAAAGCAUAGAGUCGCCAAUGGUUUCCCAAUGGAAUGUGUUGAACAAAUCAAUAGUAUGAAUUAUUUGGCCUGAGUUGGAACGCAAAUAGCAUUCGCCUCCACGUUGAUUAGAACUUGUUCUCUAAACAGUUACUGACCAUUCUGCUAUUUACUUAUUUCAAUCCAUGACGCAAUGACUUCGGUGUUCAGCUUGCAACAAAUUUCUUCCUAAAUUUCACUUUUUUCACGAAAUCAAUGCGGAUGUCGAAGAGGACUAUGAAAUCAUUUUCUGUUCCGUGGACAAAAGUGAGGAAGAAUACAACGACUAUACGAGUGAUUUUUCGUUUUGGUGCAUUCCGUAUGCGUUGCCGACCCUUCCCAAACUCAUAGCCAACCUUCAGGCCAACGGAAUGCCACACCUGGUCGUGAUCGAUAAGGAGGGCAAGAUCAUUACGAAAGACGGUGUGAACGCCUUGAAACAGGAUCCAAUGGGGAAGCAAUUUCCUUGGAGGCCCAACCGAAUCGUGGACAUUCUUCCCGAAAGCUAUAUAUCGGGAGGGGAAGAAUCAACGCCGACCCUGCUCUCAACGGACGCCCUGGACGAAAAAUAUAUCUUGUUGUAUUUUGCAUCCCAUGCAGACGCUCUUUGUAAAGAAUUCACGCCGUGGCUAAAAAAAGCCUGCCAUAUCCUGAAAAAGAAGAGGGCAGAUUUUGAAGUAAGUUGCUGCCAAUUUUUUACCGAUGCAAAUGUUUUCUGUGGAGGAGUGUGACUUUCUGAAGAAUCUCGUUGGCAGUCGUAUUUGCAGAAAAUUCUCAUGCCAUUCCCUGUUUAGCUUAUCUUUGUCAGUGGAGAUGCAUCGGAAGCGAGCUAUGAAACCUUCUUGAGCGAAACGAACUUUUGUUCCUUUUCCUUCGAAGAAACGGAGGUGAGGGAAGCGCUCGAGAAGCGCCUGGAUAUAACGUCCUWUCCCACACUGAUCAUGCUUGGACCGAGGCCCAUCGACGAGGACGACAAUUUUGGGGAUCGUCCGAUUAUCAAUUCSGAAGUUCGUGCCGUCAUCGAAAACGGAGACUACAUUACCGAUUUUCCUUUUUAUCCGAAACCAUGGGGUGACCUCUGCAAAACAACGGACGACAUUAACACCCACAAGUGUUUGGUAGUAUUUCACGAAGGCGGUGACGAAGACGAACAAAUGGAGGUAGAAUACGCGGUGCGGGAUGCCGCAGAAGAAUACAGAAGUGGCGACGAGCUUGUUAAGUUUUACUGGGCAUUCAAUCCCGAUGCCCCCUUGAGUGCAAACAUACGGAGAGCCUGCGACCUAGGGCCAAUUGGAGAUUUGCCAUCAAUGGUCUUGUUGGACAUACCCAAUGAUGGUACUUACUAUUUGAGUGAAGAACAAGAUAUCACCGAGGACACGAUCCUUGAGUUUCUCACAAAUUACAAAGAUUGCACGCAAGGGACUAUUUAGGCUACAGAGAAAUACAAGUUCUGACAGUCUACAUUAUUCUUGUAACAAUCAUACUUUGAAAAGCAAUGAUGGGAUAUUCCAGAUGCUUGCCUUUUCAAGAAUGAUUAAUAUCGACUAUUUAAUUCAA